GAGCUGGCGCCAGGGCGGCCGGAGGAUGCCGAGGGGCCGGAGCCGGGCGGGCCGGAGGCCGAGGCGCGCGCUGACCCCCGCUCCCACCCCGUGAGCCCCGCCAUCCGCCCGACGCGCCGUCCCUGAGCCCGCCGCCCCCCGGGCUCCCGCCCGUGCUGCCCGCUCCGAGGCCGCGCCCCCCUCCCGCGGCGCUGCGUGUGGACGCCGCCACCGCCUCCGCCCAGGUCCCGGGCCUCCGCCGCCGGCCAUGGAGGCGGCUCCGGAACAGCCGCGCUGGAUGGCGCACCCCGCCGUGCUGAACGCUCAGCACCCAGACCCGCACCACCCGGGCCUGGCGCACAGCUACAUGGAGCCCGCGCAGCUGCUGCCUCCCGACGAGGUGGACGUCUUCUUCAACCACCUCGACUCGCAGGGCAACCCGUACUACGCCAACCCGGCCCACGCGCGGGCGCGCGUCUCCUACAGCCCCGCGCAUGCCCGGCUGACCGGAGGCCAGAUGUGCCGCCCACACUUGUUGCACAGCCCGGGGCUGCCCUGGCUGGACGGGGGUAAAGCAGCCCUCUCCGCGGCUGCAGCACAUCACCACAACCCCUGGACCGUGAGCCCCUUCUCCAAGACGCCGCUGCACCCCGCGGCUGCCGGAGGCCCCGGAGGCCCCCUCUCUGUGUACCCGGGGGCAGGGGGUGGGAGCGGGGGAGGCACUGGCAGCUCUGUGGCCUCCCUCCCCCCCACUGCAGCCCACUCGGGCUCCCACCUCUUCGGCUUCCCACCCACGCCACCCAAAGAAGUGUCUCCCGACCCCAGCACCACUGGGGCUGCCUCCCCAGCCUCCUCCUCCGCAGGGGGGGCUGCGGCCCGGGGGGAGGACAAGGACGGCGUCAAAUACCAGGUGUCACUGACGGAGAGCAUGAAGAUGGAAAGUGGCAGUCCCCUGCGCCCAGGCCUGGCUGCCAUGGGCACCCAGCCUGCCACACACCACCCAAUCCCGACCUACCCCUCCUAUGUGCCGGCCACCGCCCACGACUACAGCAGCGGGCUCUUCCACCCCGGAGGCUUCCUGGGUGGCCCGGCCUCCAGCUUCACCCCUAAGCAGCGGAGCAAGGCGCGCUCGUGCUCAGAAGGCCGGGAGUGUGUCAACUGCGGGGCCACGGCUACCCCUCUCUGGCGGCGGGACGGCACCGGGCACUACCUGUGCAACGCCUGCGGCCUCUACCACAAGAUGAACGGGCAGAACCGGCCCCUCAUCAAGCCCAAACGGAGACUGUCGGCCGCCAGGAGAGCGGGCACCUGUUGUGCAAAUUGUCAGACGACAACCACCACCUUAUGGCGCCGCAACGCCAACGGGGACCCUGUGUGCAACGCCUGUGGCCUCUACUACAAGCUGCACAAUGUGAACAGGCCGCUGACCAUGAAGAAGGAAGGCAUCCAGACUCGGAACCGGAAGAUGUCCAACAAGUCCAAGAAGAACAAGAAGGGGGCCGAGUGCUUCGAGGAGCUGUCCAAGUGCAUGCAGGAGAAGGCCUCCCCCUUCAGCGCGGCUGCCCUGGCCGGACACAUGGCGCCUGUGGGCCACCUCCCGCCCUUCAGCCACUCGGGACACAUCUUGCCCACCCCGACGCCCAUCCACCCCUCCUCCAGCCUGUCCUUCGGCCACCCCCACCCGUCCAGCAUGGUGACCGCCAUGGGCUAGGGACCGCCCCCCACGGACCGACAGACAGAUGCCGGGGCAGGCGCUCCCGGGACGGGGGGCAGGGACCAGACCCGCGGCUGCCCGUCCCUCCCCGGAGACUGACGCUGCCCUGCCAGCCCAGCUGGAGCCCCGCGCUGCCUCACCUGUGGGCCCGUCGGCCGUCACUGUGAAGAUGCUCCCUGGGCUGGGAGGCUGCCUCGGCCUCCCAGGUGGGGCCUCCACCACGGACAACUGUUUGGCGAGCAGAAAGGACAACUUUACGAAGACUGGGGGCAAGGGACCCACGCAGGAAACCGCGUCGUGGAAGGAGGAGGGAGUAGAGGCAAAAGUAAUUUAUUUGCUCUUGUUUCUCACGAGGACUGGGAGACUUGGGCGGUCUGAGCUGCCCCAAGUUCGCGGGGCUUCCUCGGCGCCAAGGGCCACUUGACCGUUCCCCGUGCCCGGCUCCGGGGGCAGGUCUUCGGGGACCUCGGCCUGCACCCUCUCCACUGGCUCCCUCUCUGAAAGCGCUGAACCCAGGCCGGGCGCAGAGGGCAGAGACAAUCACGGGCGGUCCCGCGCAGAUUCCCAGGCCGGGGCUGGGUCACAGGAAGGAAACGUUUUCUUGAGAGGGGAAGCGUCUCUCCGAUUGCUCCCCUGGCCUCUGAGGCUGAGGCUGGGGUGACCCGUGCGCCCUAGACGGGUCUGAGCUACAGCCACCUCCUCUGCUCGGCGGACCCCUGUACAUACAUCCUCCUUCUGCUAACCCCUAAACCCCCUCCUCUCCAACUCUGAGACAAAAGAAGAAAAUGUUUAAAAAAAAAAAAAACAAAACAAACCUACAUAAGCUUAACUCGCCGAUGAGUUAGUUGUUUUAUUUUUAAACUCUUUUUGGGUCCAGUCAAUUGUACGUUGCCACGAAAGCCCUUGCUAUGGAAAGGAAUAAAACCUACAAACCAAGGCUGUAGCUUCGCAGUUAUUUUUGGAAAAGUUCUCAGAUCCCACGGCCCUAGGACGGGGAGCCAGGGGCCAGGGGUGGGGCCUCGGCUGCUCGUGGCUUCCAGGGGGCUGACCUGGCAGGUGGCGAAGGCAGGAGCUGGGGGUGGGUCAGAGCCAGGACCGAGCGAGAGGCCACGACCCUGCUGGGUCCUGGGAGGUGCCAGGGUUCUGCUCUGCCUUGCUGUGGCUGUCUGGAUCCUUCCCAAGGUACAGCUGUACAUAACUGUGUCCGAGCUUAGAUUCUGUAUGCGGCAGUGGCGGGGUGCGGUGGCCAGCAAGGACCCGGCCCAGGAAGAGGGUUGUGCUGAUAUAGUCCAAGUGCAAUAUGGGGCACCACAGCCAGAAGUAACUUAUUUUGUACUAGUAUCCGCAUAAGAAAAAGAAUCGGCAGUAUUUUCUGGUCUUAUGUUUUAUUUGGCCUGUUUUAUUUUGGAUUAGUGAACUAAGUUAUUGUUAAUUAUGUACAACAUUUAUAUAUUGUCUGUAAAAAUUGUAUGCUAUCUUCCUAUUCCUUCAAAGUGAAAACUGUUAAGAGUAAUAAAAUACUUUUUGUGAA